CAGCCCGCGGCCGGGCGGCGCGGGGUGGGGGGGGGCCGCGCGGAAGGGAGGCGGCGAGUGCGGGGUCUGGAGCGGAGCGGGGCCGAGACCCCCCCCCCCCAAGCAGAAACUCAAGCAACUGUUUCGUCUCCUUGUUCCUGCCUGCUGACUUCACCGGGGUGGCCAUGACUCAACCCAGCUUCCAGGACUGAGGGACAAAGGUGGUGAGAAACUCCUCGCAGCUCUUAGCUGGGAGAGAGUGGAACUGAGGAAGCUCCAAGGCCACCAGCUGCUCCUACUUGAGUUCCUCAGACCUCACUGGAAGGCCUAAGGGCCGUGGCCCCUUUUCAAGCAAAGGCAUCUCCAUCCGCAGCUCUGCCGUGUGCGGCAGGGUGAGUCCCCGCCGGUGAGAGCCGCGAUGGAGAGCGUGUACCUGGCAGAGGCAGCCGACCCCGCCUCGCUGGAUGCGCUGGGGCUGCCGGGCAGCCCAGCCAACGGCACAGAGGAGCAGUGCUUCAGCGCCCGCGCCCACAGCACUGUCCUGGAGGGGCUGCCCUUCGGCGGUGUGCCCACCGUGCUCGCCAUCAACUUCAUCCUCUGGCUGCUUCUCCUCCUGGUCUUCUCCUGCCUUCGGAAAGCAGCUUGGGACUAUGGGCGCCUGGCGCUGCUGAUGGACAAUGACAGUUUGACGUCGCUUUUCUACGGAGAGCAGAGUGAGAAGGAGAAGUCCCCAUCGGAGAGCAGCCCCUUGGAUGCUGACAACAAGGAUGUGGGAUUCUGCUCCUGGCUCAUUUCUAUCUACCAGAUGAAGGACGAGGAGAUUCAGAGCAAGUGUGGGAUUGACGCCACGACCUACCUCUCCUUCCAGCGGCACCUCCUGGUCCUGCUGAUGCUGGUCUGCGUGCUCUCCGUGGCUGUCAUCCUGCCAGUCAACUUCUCUGGGGACCUUCUGGGACACAAUCCUACCUACUUCGGCCGGACAACCAUCGCCAACAUCCCGACACAGGACCGUCUCCUGUGGCUGCACAGCAUCUUCGCCCUCAUCUAUUUUGUCCUCACCAUACUCUGCAUGGCUCACCACUCCGUCCACCUUGAAUACAGAGAGAAUGAGAAGGUCGCCCGGACACUGAUGGUUACCCACAUCCCCAGGGAAAUCACAGACCCUUCCCUUAUCAUCAAGCAUUUCCACGAGGCUUAUCCCAGCUGCACUGUCACCAACGUCCAGUUCUGCUUCGAUGUGCGGAAGCUGAUGAAGCUGGAUGCAGAGAGGCGCAAGGCAAUGAAGGGCCGGCUGUACUUCACCACCAAGGCGCAGAAAGAGGGGAAGAUCAUGAUCAAAACCCACCCUUGUGCCCGCAUCUUCUGCUGCCGCUUCUGUGGCUUUGAGCAGGUGGACGCUGAGCAGUACUACGGGGAGCUCGAGGAGAAGCUCACGGAUGAGUUCAACGCUGAGCGCAACCGCAUCACGCUCAAGCGGCUGGACAUGGCCUUCGUCACCUUCCAAGACGAGCGGAUGACAGCUGUGAUUUUGAAGGACUACAGCCACAUGCACUGCCGCAGGCACCCACAGCAGUCCUCUGUCACCACCGUGGUCAAGUCCCACCACUGGGGCGUUCGCUAUGCCCCUGCUCCCAGCGAUAUCAUCUGGGAGAAUUUAUCUGUCCGUGGCACGUCCUGGUGGGUGCAAUUCAUCCUCCUUAAUAUCUGCCUCUUCAUCCUUCUCUUCUUCCUCACCACGCCAGCCAUCAUUGUCAACACUAUGGACAUGUUCAACGUCACGCACCCUGUUGAGAGCCUCAAGAACCCCAUCAUCACCCAGUUCUUCCCCACCCUGCUGCUCUGGGCCUUCUCCGUCUUCCUGCCCUUCAUUGUCUACUACUCAGCGUUCUUUGAGUCACACUGGACGAGGUCGAGUGAAAACCAGCUCACCAUGCACAAGUGCUUCUUCUUCCUGGUGUUCAUGGUCAUCAUCCUGCCCUCACUGGGGCUGAGCAGCCUGGACCUUUUUUUCCGCUGGCUCUUUGACACCCACUUUCUGGACGAGGCCGAUGUCAAGUUUCAGUGUGUUUUCCUCCCGGACAACGGCGCUUUCUUCGUCAACUACGUGGUGACCUCCAGCCUGAUCGGGACGGCCAUGGAGCUGCUGCGCAUCCCGGGGCUCCUUGUCUACACCGCCCGCCUCUGCUUUGCCAAGUCUGAGCCCGAGCGGCUCCACAUCAAGCGGAGCCAAGCCUACCAGUUCCAGUUUGGGCUGGAGUACGCCUGGACCUGCUGCAUUUUCUCUGUCGUCAUGACGUACAGCAUCACCUGUCCCGUCAUCGUCCCCUUCGGGCUGCUCUACAUGCUGCUCAAGCACAUGGUUGACCGGUACAACAUUUACUACGUGUACAUCCCCACGAAGCUGAACCAGCGCCUCCACGUUGCUGCCAUCAGCCAGGUCGUGGUGGCCCCCAUCCUCUGCAUGUUCUGGCUGCUCUUCUUCUCCGUCCUGCGCCUCGGUCCCACCCGCCCUGUCACCCUCUUCACCUUUGUGGUCCUCCUCUCCUGCAUUGUCUUCUCCUUCUUUGGCCUCUGCCUGAAGAAGCUGCAGCCGCGGAAACCCUCCAGCUACCAGAUGUCAGACCAGUCUGAAGGUGCCUUCAGUGAUGUGGAGCGGAGCAGCGUUUCCUCCACCCCCAACUCCAACCUCUUUGUGGCCACCGUCCUGCAGGAGCCCGAGCUGAGCCUGACGCCGGCAGCCUCGCCGGCACACCAGUCCUACGGCACCAUGGGCAACCACCUGGAGCCUGCGGAGGACGGGGAGGACGGGGGGCUGCAGAGCUUUGAGACAGAGCUGGAGACAGUGGAGGGCGAGUACCGGAGCGGCCCCGUGAUGGAGAGCCAGGCCCGCUACCAGUGAGCAUCCCCCUGCCGGGCCGAGGGCCGGCCCUGCUGAGAGCAGAGGGGCAAAACGGUGGCAUCCCAGCACUGGGGGCCUGCCUUGCUGGCAGGGUGUGGGGACAGCAGGACUGAUGUGAGGGAGUGAGGACCCCACUGCAUGGGAGGCAGUGGGAGGCUCUGCCAGUCCCUCCCACUGCCUGGACUGGCUCAGCACCUCCCCACUAUGCUCUCCCUGUCCCCACCUGCCUCUUCCAGUCCGUGUGGGGAAGAGGAGGUGUAGCAGUGUGGAGGGUAGAGGGUGUCUCUGAGAAGCCACGCUGUGAGAGGCAGCAGUGGUGCCCUGGCCCCUCUGUGAGGGGGAAGCAGCCCAGCCAGCUCAGACAAACGUGCCCACCGCCAUGCUCCCCACAGGCCCUCAGUGUCGGGAGACGGCCACCCCUGCCCCUUGCCUGCUGCCUCCCCUGGGGCCAGCCAUGCCGGGCCCCACUGCUGCCCCCAGGGCUUUGCCCAUUGAGGCUCCUGGGAGUGCUGAGGUUGUGCUUUGGAUGAGAAGAUGAGUGCCUGGGGCUGCUCUCACAGCUGCCUGAGCACCAGGCACUGCCCAGAAGCAGUUAUCCAAGCCCAAGCCCAACUUUUCCCCUCCCUCCCACCCACCUCAUCCUUCCGCUGCUGCCUGCUGCACCAUGUCUGUGUCCUUGGGCAAGACAAGAAAGGAGUGUGUUUAACGGCUGUGAGGGCAGCUCUUCAUCCCACUCCCUGCCGCAGCAUCACUGUUGUGCUCACGCUUUCCCUGGGUCUGACCAUAGGACUCUGCAUGGCUCCGUCCUCUUGCAACAGAAACUAGGGGGGGAGUGGGGGGGGUGGUGGCAGGGCUGGCAGGAGCCCAGCCUCCAGCUCCUGGCCCACUGCACCCUCCUCUGGUCACCAGCUGCAGCCAUGCAAUGCUCCUGUAGCAGCUGCACAGCCUCUCAUGUGGGACUUGCUGUGGUCAGUGUAAAUGCCCCGGCUCCUGCCUGGACAGCAUCCCCGGGGCUUCCCUGCUCAUCUGCAGCAACUGGGGAGGCUCCUGGGGAUGAGGGCACGUCCUAGCCCUGCUGAGCCACUCUUCCUCCAGCCCAGACUGCCUGGGCAUGCUGGCCUUGCUCUUGGCCCCACUGGCCUCGGAGCUGGUUUUCCUGCUCCCGGUUUUCCUACUGGCUUCAGAGCAAUUCUAGCUGCCCUCCCAGGGCCACGCAGGGAGCAAAGGGAUGCUGGUGCAGCAGUGCAGUGCCAGGGCUGCCGGCGUGGGGAGUGCCGCUGUACAAAGGCCCCACUUGGUGUCACUGGGGCCAGUGGGAGGCGGGGAGGGGACGGGACACAGUGUGCUGGUCUUGGUGUGUGUGGGUAAAAUGCAGCCAGCCCGUGGGGCUGUUGGAUUCAAGUGAACCCAGGACAUCCCUGCAGAGCUGGUGGGUCUCAGUUUGGCCAGAUAGUAGCCCUGUGGCCCCUACCCCACCCACAUUCCUGCAUGCUGGGGUGGUGGCUGCAGCACGCUAGUCCCUGAGCUGUUGCCCUGGGGGAGGCUUGAGCUCAGCUGCACCUUCUCAGCCCCAAAAAGCACCCUAGGAGGCUCAGGACACCUUGCCUGGGUGCUGCCGGGGCUGCCCACAGCUCAGCUGCUGCCCUCCCUGCCCGCUCAGGGGACAGUCCUGGCUGGAGCCGGGGGUGCUGGUGGGCUCUCUCCAGGUGGAAGCAAGUGCCUGCAAGCGGCACCGCGUCCUCGGGAGCUCGGGCUGCUGGUCCGAUUGCCCUUGGCUGCCCCGCUGUAGGAAUGUGCCAGAGGUCUGUACCUUCUUGUGAUUUAUUGCUAUGACCGUGCCUUGAAUAAAAUGACU